AUGUUAAUUUAAUUCAAAAUAAAAAUAUUAAUACUAGAGUAAUAGUUUAUAUUAUUAAAAUAAUUGCACUUGUAGUUGAGUUAUUGGCUGCAAGAUAGACAUUUUAGCAAGUAUUUUUUACAUUACUUGAUGUAGUUUUUAUGUGAGCCUAAUCACAGGCUUAACAUGAUGAGAGUGUCCAAGUAUGGACCAAAGAUGUACAAUCAAAACAUGCUGUUGUACUUGAAUCAUAAACGUAAUUUAAGCAGCCUGGAACGUAUGGGUAUGAGCAUGAACCUCCAACAGCUUAAGUACAGUCUACACAUGUAGAAACUCCAUCAAAAAAGAAAUUAGAGCAAUUAGAAACAGCAGAAUUCACACAAAAACCAUUGCUUGCUAUUGAACAGUCUACACAAGUACUUAUAUUAUCAUAUACAAAUGCACUGCAGGAAGGCACAUUUUUAUUCAAACAAUAAGGAGUCUGCAGCGUUGUUACUGAGUUUGUUGAAGGAGGAGUAUAAACAAUUGAGCAAUCAACGCAUAAUCCACUAGUUUGAUCAUAUCUAAAAUUUUAGCAUCCAUCUACAUUUGAAUAUACACACUGAUUAUUAACAGCAUAAGAACAAUUUAUGCAGCUAUUUGAUCCAUUAUAUAUAUAACCAUUACAUGUUUUACUCACAUCGUUUUUAUUUGAGCAAAUGCCUGCUGUUUGUACUGAGCAAUCAACACAAGUAUUUUUAGUAUUGUCAAAUUAAAAUGUUUGACAACCAGAUACCUAAGAAUACUUACAAGAAGCUGUUUGAAUGUUAGCUGUUGAACAAUUAACACAAGAAUUACUCUUCGAAUCAUAUUAGAAUGAGCUGCAUUCACUCAAGUUGUUAUUAACGCAAUUAAAAUUCUAGAGCUAUGAACAAUUUACGCAGGUUUAGCUAGUAGAAUCGUAGCUAUAAGUACCACAAGCAGCAAGUGAGCCAUAUGUACAAACAGAGUUUGCAGCUACAGUACAGUCAACACAGCUAUUUGUAGAUUAAUUGUACACAAAAUUUUAGCAACCUCCAACUUUAGAAUUAGAACACAUAUUGUUGCUGGAUACUGAGCAAUCUAUGCAAGCACUGUAUCCAUUAUAUCUGUAAUUAGCACAAGCAGCUAAAUUAGUAUACUAGCAUGUUCUUGAUGAUAUUUAAGCUACUUAGCAGCUUACACAGCUUUUAGAAGCUGGAUUAUAAACAUAAGAAGAGCAAUUAGGAUACUGUGAAUUUGAACAACUAUAUGAACCAUCCGGAUUUUAUGUGGAAAGUGAACAAUCGACACAUAUACUUCCAUUAAAUUAAAAGGUUGAACAAGCAGCAAUAGAAUUAUUUACACACUAUCCAUUUGUUUAAAGAGAACAAUUUACACAUUAAGAAAUUCCAUCAUAUUAAUAAUUACUACAACUCUAAAUAGUUUGUGAAAAUAUGCAUGUCCCUUAAUAUUAUAAUGCACAAUUUACACAUUUUCCUGAUUGGGAAUCAUAAGUAAAGCUUGCACAUCCUGUAACACCUGAAUUUUAACAGGAACCAGCAUUUACAGCAGUGCAAUCAACACAAGCUGAAGCAGCUGCUUUGUAAGCAAACAUGGUACAACUUUUUUAGCUAGAAUAAACACAUUUCUGUUAAGCAACAUUAGCUUAAGUGCAGUCAACGCAGAUGCUUAUUCCAUCAUAAAUAAAAGUUGAGCAGCCUGAAACGCUUGCGUAGGUGCAAGAGCUAACACCAUUUAAGGUGCUAACUAGGGAACAAUUAACGCAUUUAGAGUUAGCUGCACUGUAUUUAAAACUUUGACAGCCUGCAACUGCUGAGUUUGUACAACUUGUACCAGUCGAAGCAGAACAAUCAACACAUUUACUUGUUGAAGGAUUAUACACAAAUGAUGCACAGGAAGAUUCAGCAGCAUUUAGGCAUUUUUAAGUGCUGGUAUUUGCAUCAAUACAGCUAACGCAGACUGACUAUAUGGAUGAAUAAAAAUAAGAUGAGCAACCGGAGGCAGAGGCAUUAACGCAAGCAGAAUUUGCAGCCAAAGAACAAUCAACACACUUACCAGUUGAACUAUUAUAACGAUAAAAUGAACAAACAGCAUAAACAUUAUUCACGCAACUACCAGCAGUGUAUAAUGUGCAAUCUAUGCAGCUACUAGUGGUUUUAUCAAAAAGAAAGCUUGAGCAAGCAGGAUAGCUGGAAUUCAUACAAGAAUUUCCUGAUGAACUCACCAUAGAGCAAUCAAUACAAGUGUUAGAAGUAGAAUCGUAUUUAAAAUUUGAGCAAGCACUUAAUGCUGAAUUAGUGCAUGUAGUACCUGUUGCAAGUGAGCAAUUUUUACAAGAUGCUGUUGACGAGUUAUACCUAUAGGACUUUGCACAAGUAGGCACUGUUGCAGAAUUAACACAAAUUCCUGCACUUGCUAUGGAACAAUCCUUGCAAGAAAAGACUCCAUCAUAAAAAAAGUUCGAGCAGUUUGGAACAGAACUGUUGGAACAUACAGUUCCACUUUGUGUUAUUGAUGUUAAUGAGCAGUCUACACACGAAUUAGAGGAUGGAGAGUACUUAUAGGAUAAACAUCCUGUUGAUGUAGGAUAUUUGCAAUUAGCUCCUACAGUUAGUGAGCAAUUUUUACAGGUGGAAGAUACUGUAUCGUAUUUAAAAUCUUUGCAAAUAGGGCUAAUGUUAUUUGGGCAUGUUGUCCCUUGUGCUUACGAGCAAUUUACGCAUUAGUUUAAAUCUGAGUUGA